AUUGUUUCAAUAUACUUAUUUAUGUAGACAUCUAAAGUAACAAAAAUCGUAGGUCUAAUCCAAUCGUGAAAAGUAGUCAAAUUCGUCACUUAAAAAAGAACCCGACCCGAUUCGACCCAUCAGCGACAGUCCAAACUAGUAUUACUCCGCCGGCGAAAUAUCUCACCACCGCCGGCAAUCUCAACGAGUGGCUCUCAAUUCUAGCCUCUACUCAGAUAAAGCUAAUAUUCAAGAUAUGGAUCUAUUAGUUGCCACAUUGUUGCUUGGUCUUGUGUUGGGCUUGCUCGUUGUAAUCCCUCUCCUGCGUAAAUCUGAUCAUGGGAAAGCAAAAGGGGUGCAGUCAAAAAUUAGUGCUGAGGCAUCCAAAGCAUACACGAAAUCGGAAGUUUCUUUGCACAACAAGAGGACUGAUUGUUGGAUCAUCAUAAAGGAAAAGGUUUAUGAUGUCACGUCUUAUGUAGAAGAACACCCGGGCGGUGAUGCCAUUUUAGUACAUGCUGGCGAUGAUUCUACCGAUGGCUUUUUUGGGCCGCAACAUGCCACCCGUGUAUUCGACAUGAUCGAGGAUUUCUACGUUGGAGAUCUAAUUAAGUAAAUGAUUGGAUUCUUCGAUUUUGUUUUGAUGACCUGUAUUUUGCCGAUUACGAACAUGUUAAUAUAGGGAUCAAUCCUUGUAUCCGCAGCAAAAAGUUUACUUUUUUAACAUUCUUGAAUUAGUGCAAACCUUCAAUUUUGUAGCCCUAAAUAAUGCCUGCUGGAACUUCUUUGAUUGUGAUUUUUACCCACUGUUUGA